AUGUGUGAUCCCAGCGUCAAGCUCAUCGAUAUCUGUGUGCGUGGACCAGGCAGACGGGCUCGCAUUUCCCUGAACCGAUGCGAGCUGCCACCUCCCAUCAAAGCAUUUCUCACAGGCACUGACGUGGUCACCGUGGCAGAAAAGUCUCGGUUUAAUCGGGACUGCCUUAAGUGCGGGCACGGAAAUAACACUUGCUCGGCGGGCGCUAACAAGGCCACGCAAGGAGGCUGUGAAGUCAUUCAACAAAUGGCACAGAUGAUGUUUCAAGACAGUGGGCAAGAUGGACGUUCAGUCCUUGGAAUGUUGGCGGUACAAGUGGAGCGGGACCCAAAGACGGGGGUCUCUGUUGUGAGGUCGGUGGCCCCCAUGUCCCCACCGGGUGGGGCGCCAAAUGCCGCCACCAUUUUUGACGACGGCAGAAAGAGCAUCCACGCAGUCGGCGGGUCGGUGGGGCAACCGUCCAGUGAGGAGCUCGGUCAGAUCCUGAGCGCAAUCGACGGGGUUGGGAUGAAGGUGCUGCUGGACGACGUGACGGUCAAUCCGAACGAGGCAAAGAUGGUCAAAACUGGGCCGUUUCUAGAGGAAAAAGUCCUGUCUUUCAGUAGCCAUGAUGCUGUUUCGAAGGAGGAGUACGUUCAGAAAGAAAGCUCUGGAUGUGACUCCUCGGAAGCUAAGAUGACGAUAGAGAAAUGUUCUCUACGUGUUGAAGACAAGGCCGACGAAGUCAUGAUGGUGGUGAGAGACACCGCGGGAAAAAUGCACAACAUAGAGGGUCAGAGGCUGGAGGAGGAUCCGGUCACCCUCCUGUUCCUGGGUUACGCCGAUGGCACAGCCGAAAACGGUCCCACUCAAGAAGAACAGGAGUGCACGCCCAUUGUGGAGCGCGUGAUCAUCACGGAGGACGGCGAGGAGCACGUCUUAGGGCCCGAAGGGUCCGAUUCACCUCGGCCCGGGCCCCCACAGGAAGCCGAGCCAGGGGCCGGGAACGGGUCCCGGGAGGAACCAUCGUCAAACAUUCCAGGAGCUGGAAGUGGAGCUGGAGUUAAAGCCGAGGGACAGGAGGGGGAUAAAGGAAAGCGCAAACCCUGCCGGUGUUGCUCCAUCAUGUAGGAAAGGCCUGAGAGAGAAAAGACGAUCCCUCGCAAUCUUAAACACGUUAUUUGCUAUUUUUUUGUAUCAUGGUGUGUUUUCUUAGGAAGAGCGUGCUGCAUUGAACCUUGGUUAGGAACAAAGCACCUGAGGUGGUAUUGAAAGGCUUUGGUUUGACUAGUAAGAAAAAGAAAUCCAAUUCCUCCUCCUAGUGGACAGAACAGGAAUUACACCAAAGGUCAACAGGGAUGCUCGGAUUUCAGGUUUUCUCAUGGUGAUUCAUUUAGUUAGAUCUAGUUUCCACAUCAAACUGCCUUUUUAAGUGUCCUUAACAUAACAUAACUUUAACUUAAACAUAAGCUAUAUAGGCAGAGUGUCAAUGCUAAAAACGUAGUAAUUGUGGACAUUUGGAUAUUUUAGUUGUAUUUUUUAGCUUUUUUUAACAUUUUAACAGACAUUUCCAUUUAACUCUCCAACUCAAAUAGUACUAUAUCAGAUCAGACAGUAAGCAGUCAACAUGAUAUCAACUUUGCGUUUAGUUAUUUGGUGUCAGCCUUUAUUUAGCUCAUAUUUCCUGUUCAUUUAAUACACUUUUAGUCCAAAUGGUUUAGUCACCACCCAUAGAAUCCAGGUUUUUUAAACCUGCUGAUUCUUGGCGUGGGUGGUUUCGCUCAAAGUCAUUUUAUUAAGUUUAAAGUUUCCUAAAUAGGGUUAUAAAAACGCAGCUGCUGCGUACAAACGGUUUCCUACAAACUGUCGCUGACAGCAGGCAGACUUCUAUUUGACCAAAAUAUGCUCAGUUCACAUAUUAUUUACCUGAUAUCUACACUAAUCUUCUCUAGUCCAAAUUAAGUUGAGAAAGAAUUUGACAUGUCUAUGCGCAGAGGACAAUGCAUUUGUUGGUCAGCUGGUAGAUAGCAUUAUACUGUUUUGCAGAUUUAAAAACUAUUAAACUCUUCUCAGAGAAACAAUAAAACAAUCUUAAGAAAUGUUCCCACAAUUUUACAGCAAAUGAAUGCUCCACUGAAUGUAAAAGUGUCUCGUAUUAUGUGGUGUGGACGAUUAGUCAUUUCAGCACAUUGGGACGCAUGUUUCCAAGGAAAGUUUGAAGUGCUGUGUUGUUCAGAACAAUGUUAACACUUCAGGCCAUUAACAUGUUUUCAUAGAGCGUUGAUUCAUUUAAUACAUUU